AUGAAUUCAAUCGUUACUCUCGCAAAGCGCCUCAAUGUGCCCAUCACGGCCUCGAUCACCGCAGCGGACCAGCGGGAAAUGAAUCGGGAUCCGUGGGCCAAAUCAUGGAAGUAUGGUGUUGGAUUUGUUUACUUCGCAGUCGUGCUGCUGGCCUUCACCACUGCCAUUCGAUUCUUUCAUAUUUGGGGCGACAAAAUUCGCGUUGCCUUGUACCGGGAAAGCAACCCGCAGCCCGUUGCCCAGCAUCAACAACCUAACUCGGAUGGAUAUUCACCCUCCAGUGCUACGACGGACAAUUCCACAGCACAGUUCUUCCCCCAGCAGGCUGCUCCAACGCCCGCGUCCAGAAGAGAGGAGUCGUUCAUUUCGAAGAUCGUCCCGGUGAAUAAGGCUAUUGCGCUUUCGCGAUGGAUCUUCUACCGGCCGAUCCCAACGAUCAGGAUCGGGAAGAUGGAAUUUGUCUUUCCAUCGCUGGCUGUAACGGUGAUUAUUCUGGCGGCGUUGAUAUUUGUCACGCUCUACUGCUUUCUUCCACAACCAUUGUACUUCUGGUCAAUCAAGCUCGGGUCACCACCACUGGCCAUUCGGGCGGGCAUGCUCGCAGUGGCUAUGGUGCCGUGGAUUGUUGCGCUCGCCACCAAGGCGAACUUUAUCAGCAUGCUCACGGGCCUCAGUGCUGAGCGGCUGAAUGGAUUGCACCGCUGGUCUGCGUAUCUCUGCCUCUUUCUCAGUCUGGUCCACACGGUUCCGUUCUACGUGACUCCAGUCUGGAACAACCCGACCGCUUAUACCAACUACCGCCUGCUUUUUGGCACGAACAUUUACAUCUAUGGGACCGGCGUUGCGGCGCUGGUGCCCUUGCUAAUUCUGUGUGUUCACUCGCUUCCUUUCCUACGCCACAAGUUGUACGAGCUUUUCAUCGUAAUCCAUAUCCCGGUGUCGUUCAUCUUCGUGGCUAUGCUCUUCUGGCAUACCAUGAACUUCCUCAGUUCAUGGGCCUAUUUGUGGACCACCAUCGUCAUCUGGGUUGUGUCAUACAUAAUCAGGCUGUUCUACCUGAACUGGUCAAACCCCUUCCAUACAAAAUCUUUCAUGAUCGGCGAGGAGUCGGCCUUGACACUUCUGCCACAGAAUGCAAUCAAGGUCACCAUUCCAACGAGACUACGCUGGCGACCUGGUCAGUACGUUUACUUGCGCAUGCCAGGAAUUGCCUUUACCGAAAGUCACCCGUUCACUAUCGCGUCGCUCUGCAGCGAUGACUUUCCGUCCGCGUGGGGCGAGAAAUACCGCGACAUGACAUUGGUUUUCCGUCCGUUCCACGGCUUCACGCGCAAGGUGUUCCGGAAGGCACUGACCGGCAGCCCAUAUAAGACCUACACUGCGCUUCUGGAGGGGCCAUACGGCGGCAUGCAGCGCGAAAUGGCCGCGUUUGACGAUGUGAUCUUUUUCGCCGGUGGCAGCGGUAUCACAGCGAUUGCCAGCCAGCUUUUGGAUCUCAUAAAGAAGAUUCGGGACGGCAAAGCGGUGACCAAGUCUGUACGGGUCGUUUGGGCAUUGAAGACCCCCGAGACGAUGGAGUGGUUCCAGGAGGAGCUGCGCAUCUGUCGGGACUAUGCACCGCCGAACAUCGUCAACUGCCAUUUCUUCCUGACAAAUAUCAAGGACAACCGAGCCAGCCGUGAUCUCGUCCAAGAGAAAAUCUACGACAUGCUGCAGGGUAUUGAUAAGCGCAACUCGGCGUAUAUCCGUGAAGAAGCUGGCGGGGACGCUGAGAGGGAGAAGGAACUGCGUCGCGAGAAUGAGGAUGGUCUCGCUGCGCUGCCUAAUGCAUACAUGGCUUCCCACAUUGCCCCUACUAGGCAGCACUUCCAGCAGCCACAGUUCCAAGAAGCUCAGAUUCAACUAGCGCAGUUCCAGCAAGCGCAGUUCCAACAAGCUCAGUUCCAGCAGUUCCAGCAGCCUGCAAUUCCAAAGGCAUACUACGCCCAAUCCGAGCACCAAGUACCAUCACCAGGAUACAUUCCCCCCAGUCCCACCAACGGAGCCCAAGUUCCCUUUGACUUUGGCUUCGCAGCCCAGCCGUCACCUUACGCUGCCUCGCCAGCACAGCCCUCACCCCAGAGGACACCACCGCGCUUCGCCUAUCUCCAACCAUCCCAGAGACGAGAGAAUUGGCGGACGGACUACUUCCGGCCCAACAUCCCAGAGAUGCUGAACGAGUUCUCGACCAGCUUUGGUCGCCGCGCCUGCGUGUUUGUCUGUGGACCGCCCAGCAUGCGAGUCCAGGUGGCCAAUACGGUGGCCAAGCUGCAGCUGAAGGUGUUGGCUGAUUCAUCCAAGGAUGAAAUCUUCUUGCAUGCGGAGAACUAUAAUAUCUGA